AUGGACAAAUCAGGAUACUACAUGAUUACAUGCCAAAUCCAGAACCGGACACAGGGCGUCAAGUCCAAAUUCCAGAAGUCCCUUGAGGAGAUCUUCAUGGCUAUGAUCGGCAGCAUCAAUAGGCGUGGUCCCAUCGCCAGCCUCAAUAUCAACUCCCACCCGCAGCAGUGCCCCUACAACAAGUCCGUGCCCAGAUUUUGA